AUGGUGGAACUUGUUCGAGCACAGUCCGCUGUUGUAUUGAGACCGUCCUAUUCUACUACGAUUUAUCGAACGCGAUCAGUUCCAGAUUUAAGCCUGUAUAGCCGUUAUACUCCGAAAUGGCCAUAUCGUUACUACAGAGACUGGGAUUUGUAUGAUGAUUAUUGGUACGAUCGCUACUACUACUACAGUCCACUAUAUCGCAGUACAUUCUUUCCUCGUCGCUACUACUAUAAUAACUACGCUUUGAAUCCAUAUAGUUAUUGGAACUAUCCAUACAGCUACUGGGCUCGGUACAGAGGAUACUUAUAUGGUUAUCCAUCGUACUACAGUAGAUACUAUUAUUAUUAUGACGAUUAUCCAUCCUAUCGUUAUACAUAUACCUAUCCUUAUCGUUACGGAUAUUACUCGCCGUUUGAUCGCUACUGGCUUUCGUCUACUUAUUGGGAUCGACGUUUUAGGGUGAGUAUUAUCGUAUAUAUAUAUUAUUACUAA